UUCAAUCACCGACAAUAGUGUUUAUGAACAAUUCAUUGGCAUUAAGCAAUGAUCGCACAUAGUCUGAGAAGUGCGGUGACACUUCGAAACGCGAUCGUUUGUAGCGCGUUCGAAAGGUAAAUAUACAGCUUUGUGUCUCGCGCGCCCGGAGACAAGCCGUAGCAGAGAGACAGCUGCUCCGAUCGAAGGACAUGAAUAGGGGGGUGGAAGGGAGAGAGGGAGAAAGAGAAAAAUACGAGGCCGAAGCAAAGGGAGAACACCAUAAACAUACAAGAUCGGAUUGGUUCUGCUUUCUCCUUUGUCUACUGGAUGGAAACAUGUUAUAACACGAUAUGUUGCAGGAUCUGGAGAUUGACAUCGCAUUGUUCACCUAUAUAAGAAGGGACUGUAAAGCACAUUUGUUAAUUGCAAUUGAAAGAAACAGGUGGGAAGAGAUUUUCAGCAGGGAGAAAAUUAAAGAGAGUAGAAGUGAGGGUUCAGUGCUACAAUAGUAAAUGCAGUGGUUGAAGGAGAUAUGGACCCAUCAAUGUUUGUUGCAUACACCCCUCAAACAAACGGCGUUCCACUGGAGUCCAAGCUUGCUACCUACAUGAAUCGUCAGAGCCCAGCGGUAACUCUAAGUACCACAGCAGUUACAAAACACUUGUCAAACCUUUCUCUGGAUUCACAGAAAAAGGUAACUGCCAGUCCAGAAUUUGUACCUGGAAGGGGUCUUACUAGUAGUAACAGCAGUUCUCCAAAUCUUUUCAAUAAUUCUUAUCAUUCGCAAGAAAAUGUGGGUGGUACUACUUAUUUUUACCUUGGAAAUGCAGCAACUGAUACUGUUGGAGCUGAGGAAGGAACAGAAAGUAUUGGAAGUGUAGGAGCAGGUCAGGUAGGCUAUGUUUAUCCAGGUACACCUGCACAUCUCCAGCCAGUGAAACCUACAAAACCCCCAUCAUCUAAUAGUUCUUCUGCCCCCUCAACCCCACCUCCACAAGCAACACCCAGUUUCUUUGUCAGUGAGAGUUUACGAAUGGACAUUCUUCAAAAAAAUGCUUUAACAUUAGCACAACCUGAUGUAGUACGAUUUCCCGAUUUACCAAAUGAGGUAGACAAUUAUCAUGAGUUGUGUCCACUGGAACCAAUUCAUAAACCUGCUUCAACAAUGCUUGGAUAUCAAACUUCAACGUACAAAGCUACCAGCAUUAAAAGCGGUACGCGUUAUUGUUUACGUCGCAUUCAUGAUUUCAGACUUGCUAAUACAAAAUGUAUGGUGCUGGUAGAUAUGUGGAAGCGAUUAUCGCAUACCAAUCUGGUGCAAUUAAGAGAAGUUUUUACCACCAAGGCCUUUGGUGACCAUUCCAUGGUAUUUGUUUACGAUUAUCACCCCGGAUCGGAAACAUUAUUAAAUAAGCAUUUCUCAGCCACUGAAUUAAAUGGUUAUACGGAUCCAUUUUCUUCGGAUCCGAACGCCCCUCGACCUUAUAGUCAUACUAAGAACACUAUUUUGAGACAACAACAUAGCAGUAUGCUACCAGAAAGUGUCAUAUGGAGCUACAUAAUUCAACUCACUGCCGCACUCCGUGUUAUACAUGCUGCUGGUCUAGCCUACAGAUGUUUAGAUCCUACGAAAGUCUUACUCACGUCGCGAACGAGACUUCGUUUAAGUUGUGUAGCUAUACCAGAUGUUGUUACUUUCGAUGGAAACGCAGCAAAUCCACUCUCGCUUAUACCACACUACCAGCAAGAAGAUUUAAUCGCCCUAGGAAAGUUGGUGUUGGCAUUAGCAUGUCGCAGUCUCCUUGCCGUCCAUCGCGAUAACAUGCAAGCUUCCCUUGAGCUCGUCGCGCGUUCCUAUUCCACGGAUCUUCGAAACCUCAUUCUGUAUUUACUUUCUAAUCAAGCACGAAGAAGUGUAACAGAUCUCAUGCCGAUGAUUGGAGCACGAUUUUAUACGCAAUUAGAUGCAGCUCAGCUUCGAUCCGACGUAUUGGAAAAUGAACUUGCCAAGGAACUGGAAAACGGGCGAUUAUUUAAGUUACUUGUAAAGUUGGCUACUAUUAAUGAACGACCCGAGCUUAAUAUGGAACCUACGUGGGCAGAGACGGGUGAUCGGUACAUGCUCAAAUUGUUUAGGGAUUAUGUUUUCCACCAGGUAGCGGCUGAUGGAAGACCGUGGUUGGAUAUGGCACAUGUUGUAUCUUGUUUAAAUAAGUUGGAUUCUGGUUCUCAAGAUAAGAUAUGUUUGAUGUCACGAGAUGAGCAAAGUGUAUUAGUAGUAAGUUACGCAGAAUUACGACAAUGUUUGGAAACCUCAUUUGGAGAGCUGGUACAAUCCGCGAAAGACGCUGUCUAGGUCUGUGUCACAUUUUUUUCAGCUGACCAGACAGUGCAUACUCCGAACCAUAAAUGUGAUAACACCACUUAGCGGUACUAUCAUUUUAAUCUUUAUCAAGACAUAGGAGAGUGAGAUUUGGCCCGAAAGUUAAGUUUGGUGAUAAGAAAAUAGUACGUGUACCAGUUUGUAAGCGUGGCUGCAAGUGUUGAAUCAUUAGAUACGUGCAAAAAAAUUGCAUUCUGGUACUGCCAUUUGAAUGUAAUAUAUGUGUGUAAGGAGAUCAUGUGAUUGAUGUAAAUCAGAAAGCGUUUGAAUUUGCUGUGGAAGCUAUUACGGUACUAUACAAACAAACAAACAAACAAAACAAAACAACAAA